CCAAAACAGCGAUGUUCACUAUAUGAACAGCGCUGUCGGGCUAGAUUUCAGCAGAUCCACUUUUAUUUGAUUUCCACAAAUCAAGCCAAUCAACCCCAAUCUUCUCCCAACCGUUGCACCUUGUUUUUGGGAUUAAUCACCAGAACUGUUGAGAGCAUGGCCCAAAUCAGCGGUGUCGUUGCUUUAUCCACCAAACAUGGCUUCCGAAAGACUGUGGAGAGCAUUCUAUCACAAUACCUGACUCAUCCCUCAACGGGGGAGAGGUUGAAGCGCAUUGAUCAGAAUGUGAUGAAGCUGGUGGAGUGCCAUAAAAGCAUGGAAAGAAAUUCAAAAGAGGUUGGGCGUCAGGGCGGCGACAGCGGCAGCGUUCCGAUCAAUGGCAGUGGCAGUGUGGGAGGGGCUGAUGAGGAAAAAAAGAACGGAGAAAAGGGCAGUGGGGGAGGGGCUGAUGAAAAAAAGAAGAACGAAGACAAUGAACAUCCGGAGAAAGCUUUGGGGAACGCUUUCAAGGCGGGAUUAAUCACCGGAACUACUGAGAGCAUGACCCAAAUUAGCGGUGUCGUUGCUUCAUCCACCAAACAUGGCUUCCGAAAGACUGUGGAGAGCAUUCUAUCACGAUUCGUGGCUCAUCCCUCAAUGGGGGAAAGGUUGGAGCGCAUUGAUCAGAAUGUGAUGAAGCUGUUGGAGUACCAUAAGAGCAUGGAAAGAAAUUCGAUAGAGGUUUGGCAUCAGAGCGGCGGUGGCAGCAGCGUUCUGAUCAAUGGCAGUGGCAGCGUGGGAGGGGCUAAUGAGGAAAAGAAGAACGGAGAAAAGGGCAGCGGGGGAGGGGCUGAUGAGAAAAAGAAGAACGGAGACGACGGCUGCGGUGGAGGAAAUGCCAGUGGUGGAGGAGGAAUGGGCGGCGGUGGUGGUAAACAGCCCAGCAGUGGUCACAAUGGGGAAAAUGGGGCGUCAAUUGUUCCGCCGCCGCUCUCUGUGGUUCUGGAGACUUUUAUCAUCUAAGUCAAGAUUUACAGUAAUGGGGCUUCACCUUUUCUAAAGAAAGAAAUCAAUGAAAUGAGAUCAUUGUUUUGUGCUCAUUUCAAUUCAAAGUAUGAUCAGCUAACUACCUAUGGUCAAAAAUGAUGUCAUUGAGCUCAUUCCAGAUUUUGGUGGUGAAGAAGGGUUUAUUUAAAGUUUGUAGCAAGCUUGGAAUAUAGGGGUGCUCCAUAU